UCGAGACUGAGACCUGUCAGUGCUGAGGAGCCUCACCGUGAUGAUGGCAGCAUCUGUUCGAGUAUUGAAUCGACUUGCCGCUAAUGUGUGCAUCCAGAGUUCACGCUCCUGCUACUCCAGCACCCGGUCCAAGCUUGCUAUAAAUGAAAAGACCAAAGUCAUUUGCCAAGGUUUCACUGGGAAACAGGGGACUUUUCACAGCAGACAGGCCAUUGAAUAUGGAACUCUCAUGGUCGGUGGCGUGUCUCCUGGCAAAGGCGGUCAUAAGCAUCUCAACUUGCCCGUCUUCAACUCUGUUGCUGAGGCCAAGGCUGAGACUGGCGCCGAUACGACCGUGAUUUACGUGCCUCCUCCUGGCGCAGCAAAGGCUAUAAUGGAAGCUGUAGAUGCUGAGAUGGGUUUGAUCGUGUGCAUCACGGAGGGCAUCCCUCAGCAGGAUAUGGUCCGUGUCAAGCAUAGGCUUCUCAGGCAAAACAAAAGCCGCCUCAUCGGCCCCAACUGUCCUGGCAUCAUAGCUCCUGAGAAGUGCAAGAUUGGCAUCAUGCCUGGCCACAUCCACAAAGCAGGCUGCGUGGGGAUCGUAUCGAGAUCUGGAACCCUUACUUAUGAGGCAGUGCAUCAGACUACACAGGUUGGCUUGGGCCAGACUUUGUGCAUCGGCAUCGGAGGCGAUCCUUUCAACGGAACAAACUUCAUUGAUUGCCUUGAAACUUUCCUCAGGGAUCCCAACACGAAGGGAAUCAUCUUGAUCGGUGAGAUCGGUGGCGGCGCGGAGGAGGCCGCGGCGGAGUACCUGAAGGAGCACAACUCUGGCGCUAACGCCAAGCCCGUCGUGUCGUUCAUCGCCGGCGUCACGGCGCCCCCUGGCAGGAGAAUGGGGCACGCUGGAGCCAUCAUCUCGGGGGGCAAGGGUGGCGCCGAGGAUAAAAUCAAGUCCCUCGAGCGUGCUGGAGUUUUGGUUUCACGAAGCCCCGCGCAAAUGGGAACCCUUCUUCUGCAGGAGAUGAAGAAUCGAGGCCUGGCUUAAAUUUGUUAGCCGCCCUGCGACGUCGUUUGCAGUGGCGUCGUGUACUGAUUCUUGAUGGUCUACUUGCUGUAAAAAAGAGCGCCAAAACAGCACGGGCGAAUUGAUGUUUUUUUUUUUUUU